ACUGCACUUUCACAUAGACUGGUUUUGUUUUCCUUACGUGAAGUAUUCCUUUGUUUUUCCUCUUAGAAAUUGUCUCAAAUCAAAUGGCACCUCCUGGGGAUACUUCUAAUGAGAUAGAGCAUCCUGAUUCUAGAGUCACCGCUUCCCAACCAAAGAUGACAACUCCAUUAAAGAAAAGCAAUCUGGCGGCAUCUCUGGUUCCUUUGGAAGAGGACAGUGGUGAUACCUGUGCCAUCUGUUUUGAAGAGUGGACGAACGCUGGGGACCAUCGUCUUGCUGCAUUGCGCUGCGGGCAUCUCUUUGGCUACAGCUGCAUUAAGAGGUGGCUGAAGGGUCAAGUAGGCAAAUGCCCCCAGUGCAAUAAGAAAGCCAAACACACGGAUAUUGUCGUCCUUUAUGCCCGUACUCUGAAAGCACUGGACACCGCUGAACAGGAAAACAUGAAAAGCUCUUUAGAAAAGGAACAAGUCCUGCGGAGGAAAGCAGAACUGGAAUCAGCCCAGAGUCGACUUCAGCUGCAGGUCGUGACAGAGGAGUGUAGCAAACUGAAGCAGCAAGUACAGGAACUGAAGGCUUUGCUGGCCCGGUACACUGCCAGCUCCUCCUCUCAGCAGUCCAGCAGUGCCCGCUCUUGCUUUCCCGGCUGCCUCUCCUCCAGCCAGGGUCAGCACAAGUACCAUUUUGAGAGAGCCUUUCUGGUCUCCCAGGUGGGCAGCUGCCGGGUGAUGGCCUACUGUGACCCCCUGAGCUGCCUCGUGGUCUCGCAGCCCUCUCCGCAAAGCACUCUCCUUCCUGGGUAUGGAAUUAAGAUGAUGAGCUCUGUCAACCUGAAGAGCAGCCAGUAUGUGCCCAUCCACAGCAAGCAGAUCCGGGGCCUGUCCUUCAGCAACCGGGCAGAUGGCUUGCUCUUAUCUGCUUCUUUGGACCAUACACUCAGGCUUACAAGCUUAGCCACAAACACUGUUGUACAGACCUAUAAUGCUAGUCGCCCCAUCUGGUGCUGCUGCUGGUGUCUCGAUGACACCAACUACGUCUAUGCUGGGCUGGCUAAUGGAUCUAUCUUGGUCUAUGAUCUGCGGGACACAAACUCCUACGUCCAGGAACUGGUUUCACAGAAGUCCAGGUGUCCUGUGGUGUCUUUAUCUUACCUUCCUCGAAUGGCUUCGGCCUCACUGCCAUAUGGUGGACUGGUGUCUGGAACGCUGGAAGGAGCCUGUUUUUGGGAGCAGAAGUCCAGCAAUUCCUAUCGACCUCACGAUCUUCCCCUUGAACCCGGAGGUUGCAUUGACCUUCAGACAGAGGCCAGCACACGGCACUGCCUUGCCACAUUCAGGCCCAACAGAAACAACAACUGUUUGCAGUGUGUGGUGAUGGAGCUGACAUCUACUCAGCUGACAGACCGAGAUGAUGAAAUUGUGUGUUCGUGCAACCCCAUUCAAACUCUUACUGCAGGUCCAACGUGCAAACUCUUAACCAAAAAUGCCAUUUUUCAAAGUCCCGAAGAUGACGGCAGCAUCCUUGUGUGCGCAGGGGACGAAGCAUCAAACUCUGCCAUGCUCUGGGAUGCAGGAAGUGGAACUCUGCUUCAGAAACUGCCAGCUGACCUCCCUGUGUUGGAUGUCUGUCCUUUUGAGGUGAAUCGCAACAACUUUCUUGCUACUUUGACCGAGAAGAUGGUAAAAAUCUACAAGUGGCAGUGACUUGUCUCCCUUGCCUUCCACGCCUGAUCCCUGAGCAGAUGCUUUGCUGAUAAUUGGAUGUUGACUGUCUUGAAGAUAGGAUUAUUCCUGAACCAUCUUAGAUGUGUACCUCAGAGUAAUUUAUUGGCUCCAUCUCGGCUCACCCUACAUCCCUAUUUCCCCCAAUUUAUUAUUUUUUCAAUGAAGACUGUUAUUUCAGUCAUGCAACAAAUCUUGUUAUGGGUCUUGUCUUCUGGUUGCAUUAUUCUGGGAGGAAGUGAAGAAGAAACUUGCCUGCCAUUUUCUGGACAAAGUUUCCAGAAAUUAAUCAUUGGUGCUUGCUAAGACUAUCUUAAUUAGCCCUGCUCCACACUGA